CAACUUUCUCCGAAGGGCGAUCUUCCUCGACUGACAGAUCGCUGGGUCGGUCUCCAGGGGCAGCAGCACGUUCCGGGGGGCCGUCAGAAGCCCCACGGCCUCUUACCCAGCCCUUUGUCCCAAAGGGCAGUUCGGUCAGUGUCAGGACGGAAAGAAACGUGAAAUUCAACUGUAAAUGAGGGCGGAGAAGGCGGGAGAGGCCCGGGCCCGUUCCGGGUCUGAGCAGGCUAGGGGAGAGCGGGGGAGGCUGCCCCCGGCUGCGGGAACAAACCCAGCAGUGCCUCGCGCUCGGCGUGCGGGGAAGGGGGAGACGGCCCCUCGGCCUUUCCCCCUAAGCUCAUCCAGCAGGACGUCUGGGGGAAACCUCUGCGCGAUCGAGUCGCGUCCGUUCGAGCGAGCGGGUGGCAGUGCCACGUGAGGCGCUCGGCCUGGGCUCCCAGAGGCUGCAGUGCUGGAAAUCCCCGCGGAGGGCGUCCGGCGCGGCGCCCGCACUCGGUGCGGGCCCACCCGGGUGCGCGUCCGCCUCCCACCGGCGUCCCGCUAGCCCCGCCGCGCCGCUCGCACGGGCCCAGACGCGGACAGAUGUUUACUGCUUGGAGCCCCGACCGCUGGGGAGACGCAGCGACCCGCGCGGCGCACCGCGCGGCGCUGGCGGGGCUUUGGGCUCCCGGUCGGGGGUGCGCGCGGGCCGGUUUGGGGCGGGGGAGGGCGACGGGAUGGAAAUAGGAGGGGGCAGUGGGUGGACUAAUGAUGAAAAAGUCUCCUCCAUCCCGGCUCCUUAAUUAAAUGCAUGGAAAGAACCGAGGCGAGCACAUCUGGUUUCAAUCUGCAGCCCUUUGAUGGCAUCAAAUGUUCUUUUCCCAGAUCAGGGCUGGGAGUUCUGGGCUAACUAUGGCCGUUUGGAGCCCAGAAAGCAUUUACACACACUCGGACCCCUCUUUCUCUCCAGUAGAGCCUCUCGGCUAUAGGAGGAGGAAAAAAAAAAGGGGGGGGGGGAGUCUAGUAAUCAAGGCAGUGGGAAAGUGUGUGUGUGUGUGUGUGUGUAUUUGAAGAACAUAAAAUGCCACAAAUAAGCACUUAAUAUUUUACUUACUCGUCAUAUAGUAACUCAUUUCUAAUGAGACUAUUAAAGCUGUUACCAAAUUCCAACAGGUCAUGAAAAAAAUCCCUCAGCACCUCUCUGUUCCUUGUCAAGUCAGGGCUCAGCAGACAGACGGCAGAGCAUUAUCCGUAGACUUGGGGGUUCCUCUAUCCCUCCGCGUCCUUCCUCUUACCCCCCCCCCGCCCCCCGCCCCCUGCCCCCCGCCGCCCGCCCAGGCACCCGGGCCGGACCCUGAACUAAGCAGGAGCCUCGCCCGGCCGGCCGCUCGCUCCAGGAGUGCCCCUGCCUUCCGAGCAUCUGGGCAACGCGACCCUCCCGGCUUAGCGUCGUCGCCUAGGGAAGCGACCUUGGCCGCACCAAAGAGGUUACGAAAUUGGCCAGGGUGGGGGGAGGCGAGAGCAAUUAUGCUACACUCGCAGAGUCCUUUCCUCCGGCUAAAUAAAUAUGUAAAUUUCCCACUGCCCUGGCCCCGGGAUUCCUAGCGGCGAGAGACUCGAACCGAUUCGGCGCCUUCUAGAUCUCCCCUAACCUGCCUUUGGUUCGCGGAAAAAGCGUGGGAGAGCCUCCCACUAUUAUCGCUCCUGUUAGUUUAUUACAUUAUUUAAGAGGCUGUCUCUACGGAGCCAAACGUAGCUUUAAUUUGCUUGCUCUCUCCUUCAUUCUCUCUCAGACACUCCCCCACCCCCACUCCCAAAAACUGUUAGAACUGCAGGAAACGCUAAAAAAAAAAAAAAAAAAAAAAAAAAAAAGGCAGAGAGAGAGAAGAAAAUUUGAUUGAGAUAGUUGUGGAUUUUUUUCCAACAAGUUUCCCCGCAGCUGUUAUCAAAACAUGCAAAUGAGCUUUUCCAACAAGAUCUUAAACAAAUCUGGAGGAGUUAAUGCCCAAGCAAAAUAAUCAGUCCGUUUGAAGUGACUGUGGGUUUCAGUUUGUCUUUCCUCCCCGUGAUACUAUUGCAGGGGAAUGAUAAUUAGACCUUUACUUAAAAAAUCCAAAGGGGCUCUCUCGCUUUCUCUUCCCUCCCUUUUCGCUCCCUCCUCCCUCUCUGGCUCCCUCCCUCUCUCUUUCUCUCUUGCUCAGAUGUUGGCAAAGGGGGUUUUCUUAAUCAGACUGUUUUUUGGUCCGAGGGAAAGGAGGAAGAAGGAGAUUGUGAUGGAGAAAGGGGGUCUGUAAAACGUCAGGCACCGCACAAAGGCUUUGCCACGUAAUUACAGGCUCCUAUUAAGUCGAGAUCUGCCCUCCCAGGGGUCUCCAAUUUUCUUGUAUUCCCUACAAAGCCUCCUCUGCAUGCCAGUUUGUGCCUUUUGAAGUGCCAGAGAGCUUCUUGAUCCAACUGAGAAGGAAAAAGGAGCUCAGCAAGAAGAGGGGGAGAGAGAGAAGGGAAAGGGGGGAAACCCACCGCCACCCUCCUUCGGACUCUUGAAGCCCUUUUUUUUCUUCUUACGAAAAGUAAAGUGAGAAUCCUGCUCUCCAAUACAUCUGCAAGACAUCACCCUCUCCUCCUGAAACUUUAGUCACUCCUGAGAAUCCACAGGAGUGCAGAGAGGGGGAACACGUUUUCUUGAAGAUGUUUUAAAGCUGGAACAAGCCUUCUUCUGUUGGUGCUUGAACUCUUGCCUGGGAAUAACUUUUUUAACCUUGAAAAAAAAACCCACUUUGAUUCUUCUCUCCCACCCCUUCUUCUCUCUUCUUCUGUUUGCCUAACUCCCCCGCCCUGCUGGCCUCCCCUUUCCUUUCUCCCCCUUAUUAUUAUUUUUAGUGUGUGCGUGUGGACGCUUUUGGAGAGCUGGAAGGAAUUUUUUUCUCCUGACUUGAACAUAGGGUGACUUUUUAAUUUUAUUUUUUGGUGUGGAUUAUCUCCUUGGACCGCGCCGGACUUGGCCUCAGGAAAGCAACCGAGGCUGUCGAAGGCUGUUGGUGCAGAACUCUGCUCCGCAGAAGGGGGUCCCCCGCCCUCUUUCCAAUUUUUUUUUUUUUUUUUUGUCCUUCCCCUCCUUCUCUCUCUCUCUCUCUCUCUCUCUCUCACUCUCUCUCCACUCCCCCCUCUCUCUUCCCCACUCGGCUCCUCUCCCCCCUCGCGCCCACAGCGUUUGGUGUUGAUUCGAGCGGGAAGAGGGGGGUGGGUGGGAUCGGAGGGGGAGACCAUGACCUCCAGCUACGGGCACGUUCUGGAGCGGCAACCGGCGCUGGGCGGCCGCUUGGACAGCCCGGGCAACCUCGACACCCUGCAGGCGAAAAAGAACUUCUCUGUCAGUCACCUGCUAGACCUGGAGGAAGCCGGGGACAUGGUGGCGGCGCAGGCGGACGAGAGCGUGGGCGAGGCCGGCCGGAGCCUACUGGAGUCGCCGGGACUCACCAGCGGCAGCGACACCCCGCAGCAGGACAAUGACCAGCUGAACUCCGAGGAAAAGAAGAAGAGAAAGCAACGGAGGAACCGGACGACCUUCAACAGCAGCCAGCUGCAGGCUCUGGAGCGCGUCUUUGAGCGGACACACUACCCAGACGCCUUUGUGCGAGAGGACCUCGCCCGCCGGGUGAACCUCACCGAGGCCAGAGUGCAGGUGUGGUUUCAGAACCGAAGAGCCAAAUUCCGCAGGAAUGAGAGAGCCAUGCUGGCCAAUAAAAACGCUUCCCUCCUCAAAUCCUACUCAGGGGACGUGACUGCCGUGGAACAACCCAUUGUACCUCGUCCUGCUCCAAGACCCACCGACUAUCUGUCCUGGGGGACGGCCUCUCCGUACAGCGCCAUGGCCACUUACUCUGCCACAUGUGCCAACAAUAGCCCUGCACAGGGCAUCAACAUGGCCAACAGCAUUGCCAACCUGAGACUGAAGGCCAAGGAAUAUAGUUUACAGAGGAACCAGGUGCCAACAGUCAACUGAGGAAAAAAAAAAAUAAUUAAGCAGGCCUAAGAAGAAAUCAAAAACCAUAAGACACCUAUCCUGCUCUGUCAUUUCUUCAUCUGCUGGAAAAAAAAAAAAUCAAUAAAAACAAACAAACCAAAAACCUGAACUAAAAUAUUGGGACCAUGGCAGAGAAAAGCAGGAGAGGAGCAAAAUGAAAAUUAGUUAACCAAUGUUUCUCCUCCCUCUGGGAUCCCACCACCACUUGUUUCUGUGUGUGUUAAUUUUGUUUUUCCUUCUAUUCAUGCGCUUUGCUUUAAUAUACUCCAAGCUUCUUCAGUUAGGUUCAGCCCACCCACCCCCAUGAUUGUAUGGGUUUAAAAAAAAAAAACCUACAGCAGCCAAAGAAAUCGUAUAUAUAUUCAGAAUCAUUGUCUAUAGUCUCCUCAGUGACCUGUUUGAACUUCAGUGCCUUACCCUUUCCUUCUUCCCAGUUCUCUGUAUAGAAGCUCUAGAAACUUCUGGAAAGCCAAAGUCUUUCUGCAGAACCUGUGCCAGAUACGAUUUCCUUUCUCGUUGUCUCCAUCUCUGUUGGUCACGGUACGGCUUUUCCAUCAGCUACUGUUAACCACAUCUGGCCACUGGCUUGUCAGAUCCAACGCGAUUGGCUGUGUCUGGCUAGUUCUAAGCUCUAAGCUGUAGAUCUAAGCUCUACUUACUAUAAGCUAUAGAUUUAAGCUCUAAGCUGUAGAUGAUAAUAGCACCAUCACCACCGCCCCUCACCCCCAUCUGAGCAGUCAGCCACAUUAAGUUAAAGAUAUUUGUUGUUUCUGAAUGAUUUGCUGUCACGGGCUAUUUGUUAAAAGAAAUAUAUUUCGCUUGAGAGAGGGAGAGAAAUUUCUCUAGGAAAACAGAGACUGAGUUGUGAAAGGCAUGGCCUACAUCUCUUUAGUGCCUUAAGGGUAGUCAGAUGCACACUUAUAUAUAUAUACUGUAUAUAUUUAUAUAUUUUAUAUAUAUAUAUAUAUAAAAUAUUCUUGCAAGCUUGAGUUUGCAAACUCAAACACUACAAAAAGCAAGUUUCACGCCGUCACCACUGUCCUUAUCUCUACAGUGAUGAGAUGUUUUUAGGGAUCUUGUUUCCUUUCUUUCUCUACACACAAUUCUCAUCAAGGCCACAGAGCAACUGAUAGGGCAUCUGUUUGAGAACAGGUCUCAUUUUCACAUUUGGGCUUCAAAUAAAUCAGAACCUAUUUGAGGCUCUGACAGUGUUCUUGAGUUUGGAGUCUGAGCUCCGGUGGAAUGGGGAUAGAUCCUGGUACACCUCAUGGGAAUUACACUCAGAGGAUGGAAAGCCAUGUACUUUUCUGCUUCUCCACUCGACAGGAAUCUGAAAGACCAUGUUUAAAUGGGAUACUUAAAGGCUUGUCUAAGUUCCAAAAAUGGAAAAGGCAACUGUGGGCCAUUCUCUUUCUAAUACAGUAUUUUGAAAUAAAGUUUAGUGCCUAGGGCUGCGAGCCAGGACUGACCUGUCUCUGUUUCUUUCUUUUCGUCUCCAGCUGUGCUUUGGUAACUUGUCAGGUGGACUAGACCAAACUACACCACCGUGCUGUGCCUCAGUUUACCUUUUUUGUAAAAAUGGGUUUAACAAUACUUACCUACCUCACAGGGGUGUUGUGAGGCUCCUUUCGUUUGCUCCUUCAUUCUUUCCUGUACUUUCUCUUUGUGCAGCACUUUGUAGCCAUGGGAGGAAAGAGACUAUAAACGUACACAACGUUAAUGGAAAGAUAUGGUACCUGGAAGCCUUGUUUCCUAGCAAGGAAAUGCUACCUUGCUGUAAAUACUUACAGCCUCGUAUUUGGAAACGAGAAAUAGGUUUAUACUUCCAGACCUCUCAAAAAUCACAUCACUUGACCAAAGAAUAAUGUAAGAUGCACAGAACAGACCUAUUCUCGACCUAUUUUGAUUCCUGACCAGGUUGGUUCCAGUGAUCUUAGUUGUCAGUAAUUAAAAAGCUUUAGAUUGGCUUUGGCCAAAUAUGCCAACUCUGAAUGACAGGCAAGGACUAAGAUGCACUUUCCUCACACAUUUGCUACCCCUUCCGCCUGGCACCUUGAGUGAAUGGCGGUAGUUUUUUCAGCCAAACAGCCACCGAUCUGAAAACAUAUUUUGAAUGUUGCUUCUGUACUUCUUUUCACCACGAGAAGGAAGCCCAUCUUAUGCAUUUUGCUUUCACCAACUGAUCCCCUCUUCUUUGAAUACAACCAUUAAACAGCUGUUUUAUGUAGGCUGGCUGAACACCGCAUAUGACUUGCUUCCUAAAGAGUCCCUCGGUGAAGUCUUCUGUCCCGCUAGCUGCUGUGGAUUCUCAAGAUUCAAAGGAACGGUGUGGUCCAACAGAUUAAAACAUUCUUUGUGAAAUCCGAGUACAAUCCGAGACAUUGGCGAACUCUUGGAGUUUGGACUUUGGGGAGAAGAGCCACAAGUGCGUUUGGGUGAUAGUGCAGGGAACAGAAAUCACACACGACAAGAUGUUGCUGGAUGGGGGAGUCUUCGAAGAGGGUGUAAAGGGAUAGAAGGUCCUGUGACACAAAGUCAUUUGAAGCUUUCAUCCUGACACCCGUUUUCAGCGGUGCGCAGAAAACCCCAAACCCCAAACCCAAAUGCUCUGUGAAACUGGGCAGUUUUACUACUAGAGCCUGGGAAGCGAUGUCUGAGAAUGUCCGAGAUUAACGAUGUCUGAGAAUAUCCGAGAAUAUCCGAGAUCAGCCAGAGGAGCUUUCAUUGAUAAUGAAAGCAUCUGUUAUUCAAGCACCUGAUCAAGAAGCAUACACAUGGGACAAGCACUCAGUAUUGUUCAUUUAUUAUUGAUUUUUUUUAAGGUAGAAGUUGGAUAUCUGAUUUAGAGGAGUAGCCUUUUGGCUCUCAAGCCAGGUCUCAAGAGAGGGUCUCGGGACCACAAAGUCCCAAGGCAUACAUACCCCUGUUCCUUGCCAUCAUUAUACCCAGGUGCAGAUAAUACGUACCAACUAUCUGUGUCCCCAAUCCCUCCCCAAACGAGAUGCUGAGUUGUAGGAUACCUGGCAGGUUAAAAUUAACCAGAGAAGGUGAUUGAAUAAAAAAAAGGGAAUGACACUUAGGGUAUAAAGAUCUCAUAAGAAAUGUAAUAUGUAAAUUAUAUCUUGCUUUAUGAUGUAAAAUAUACAUUGUUUGCGCUAGACUAGAAAUGAUUCCUUUUCAAUAAAAAGAAGAAGGAUA